CAUGGGAACAGUGUGCUCCUCCCUACUCAGAGGCAGAACUCCAUUCAGCAGACGCCUGUACCUGCAGAACCCAUUGCUCAGGCUGCCUGUAGCUCCCAGGCAUCCAGAAAAAUGGCAAAUUUCAAAGGUCAUGCCCUUCCGGGUAGCUUUUUCAUUGUCUUUGGCUUAUGGUGGUCUGUGAAGUAUCCACUUAGAUACCUGAACAGCAAGGUAAAAGGAAACUGUAGGUCCAACAAGUGCUAUGAACGUUUGGAGCUCAUUGAAGGAAUACUUAAAGCACUAUUUGCAUUAAUAGGGAUGCUGGCAGAGCAAUUUGUUCCCGAUGGGCCUCAUAUGCACCUUGUAAAUGGAGAGGAUCACAGCUGGGUAAAGCUAAUGAACUGGCAGCAUACAACUAUGUACCUCUUUUAUGGAAUCUCAGGUGUGGUGGAUAUCCUGACUUAUUUUCCCCUAAACGUACCACAGGGAUUGGAUCGUCUCAGUUUGGGCAUGGCUGUCAUUGUUGAAGGUCUCCUCUUCUAUUAUCAUGUCCAUAAUCGGCCAGCACUUGACCAGCACAUUCAUUCUUUGCUUCUCAUUGCUAUUUUUGGAGGUGCUAUAUGUAUUAUGAUAGAAGUGUUUCUGAGAAAUGAUAUUAUUCUGGAGUUAUUCCGUUCCAGUCUCACUAUUCUUCAGGGAACAUGGUUCUGGCAGAUUGGGUUUGUGCUAUACCCACUUGGAGGGGCACCAGAGUGGGACCAGACUGACCACGGGAACGUCAUGUUUAUCACCAUGUGCUUCUGCUGGCAUUAUGCUGUGGCCUUGCUUAUCAUGGCUAUCAACUAUUCUCUGGUCUAUUGUUGUGUAAAGAGGCACAAGAAGUUGUCUGGCAUUGUGGAUAACGGCAUUCGGAAAAUAAAUUCUAAGAAGGCUGAAGCGGAAGCCUCUCUUCUAGCUGGCUCAGAUGAAGAAUGAAACUUAACAUCAACAAAUUGACUAAAAUUCUUAAGCAAACAAUUCAGAGAUGUGCUAAAAAAUGUGGGUUCUAAAAGUUAUUGAGCAGCUGAAAACCCUGUGGGAAUCAUUUAUGGAUCUUGUAUAUAUUCAAGCCCGGAUCUUCCUCUUCAGCUCCCCUAAGCCACCAGGUCCUAGUGCCUGCCUACCUUCACAUGCACUGGAGUGCUGGGGAGCUGCGGCUCCCCAGUGCUCCUAUAAUGUGGAAGGGUGUCAUGCCGCCCCUGAAUUUUUGCCCCCCUUCAGCCCAGGCCUUUGUGGCCUCGCCUCAAAUCCGAGCCUGUAAAUAUUUAAUAUUCCUAAAUCAGUAAAGCUUCCAUACACACAUUUUUGGACUAAGAGCUCUUAAACAUAUGCUUUUGAUAUAAUGCAGGAUAAUAGUACACCUUGUUUACUUAUAGUGAGAUGUGUAACUUACAGAUACUUUGGUAUUAAAUGUACUUUAUAAAUGCUAAUUUAACUACUGUACUAAUGUUAUGGAUUGCAGAGGGAAGACAGAGAAAAUUAAAACAGCCUAAUGAAGUAGAUUAUAUUUUGACCUGAUUGCCCUUAUAGGAGUAUGCCAGUUGCUGGACAUUUUGUUACUCUACCAUCCAGUGUCGGACUGGCCCAUCAGGAUACCAGGAAAACUCCCGGUGGGCCCAGGUGUCAGUGGGCCCUCUUGCUUCUAACCAUUUAGCAUAUUUUAUGAUCAUUCCCUAUUUAUUUAUGGGAAACAAAUGCUUAAAAAUUGAAGAAUAUAUUAAGUAGAUAUAAAAGACUAGGAUAAUAAAGAGGUUGAGUGAGGAGAGUAGAAAUAAUAGUUUGGAAAGUGAGUCCAUUGUCUAAGAUGGGCCCACAGUCUAAGGUUUUCUGGUGGGCCCCUGGCAUCCCAGUCCGACACUGCUAGCAUCAGACCUGUUUUCCGUAAGGCAAUGGCAUGCAUGGCAGUUUAACGUUUAUAUUGUCUUACAGUGAUUAAUAUAGCUCUACGAGUUGGGACAAAAUCCCCCAGGCACUCGUAUGGCAUACACCUACAAGUGUGGGUACACCCAGCUAUUCUAAAAGUUCUUUAAACAAUUAAUUUCCCAGAUGACAAAAUGCUCCGAAUCACCCCCUUUGAUCCCCCUACCCUAGUGAGGAAGCAUGAAUAGUAAAUAUUGUAAAAACCAAUUAUAUAAAUACUGAUUUGAUAAAAGAACAGCAACUUCUCUUUACCGUAAAUAAAUGUGGUAUUAUAAGUUAA